GAAGAUGGUCCUUGUCUUUGUAUGACCACUUACACUGUGACUUUCGCAAUCUCUUCUACAUCAAUUCUAUCAUAUGUAGGCUUGGUGAUGGGUUCACUGAAAGGCAUUGGUUGCAUUCUAGCAUUGAAAUGCUAACCUAGACUUAUCACAACAUCAAAUCUGCCGUUAUUUUUGAACUUAUUCCAACUGCCAUCAUACUUUCUGCGGCGAUGAAACAUUCAUCCUGAUGCUUUCACCACCACCACCACCACUCUCUCUCUACUUUAGACCCCCACAAGAUAAUGUAUAGUUGUUUUAAUCAGUUGAUGUUAAUGUAUGCCAUGCCAUGCCAUCUUCUGUUAACAGAAUUUGAUAAAAAAUCAGAAGAGACUCAAUUUUAACAACAAAUAAAGUUUAGUGGCCAUGGUGACAAAAAUUAAAGUACAGUGACCAGUUUGUUAUCAAUUGUAAAGUUUAGGGACUAGCAGUGUAAUUUAUCUAAUUUCUAAUUAUUGACAAUGGUAACUAGGAUGACGACUUGGGGGAUUUAGAUGGGAAUCUGAUUAUUCAAAUGUUUGUCUCAACUAUCUUACUUAUAUGAACUGGUUUGAUGGCAGAGUCAUACAUAUUGUUUAUUGUCAAAUCAAAGUGUGUUUAUGGAAUCCUAUAAUGCACGGUUAACAAGCAGGUGCCACCUGUGAUGUUUAUGUUUGUGGUCCAAUGCCAAUCUAUACCUUGGAGACAAAGUGGUGGCUGAGGCACUUAAUUUUCCAGUUGCCAAGUUUGUUAGGCAUGUCUAUUUUAGCUCUGCUAACCUAUGAGUCACUCAGUGAUGUUAUUCAAUAUCCAAACUAUGUCCUGUUCUCAAUAUACAUUUCAAUGGCCAAUAAAUCAUAAUUGGAUUACCUUUAUAUGAUUGCUUGACAUCUACUGGUUAGUGUUUACAAGGGUUCCUAGGGAGAUGAAUUGCCUAGGCAGCAUGCUUUAGUAAAGACACCAGUGUUGUCACGACCGAAUUUUCAGGGCCAUGACCAGCACUGCCCUGUAGUGGGUUGUGGAUCUCGUUGAGAGUAGUGGAAAGUAAACAAGUCCCAGAUCUGAUGCCUCUGUUGGUUCUCCAUGCCUAGAUGUUUGAAUCUUAUGUCCAGUUUUCAAUGGCAGACUCAACUGAACCUCCACAACAGUCUGAAUCAGUCUGCAAUUUCUUCAGAAAGCCAGCGAAGAACAGAAACAUCAGAAAACGUACAUUUGAUGAAGAUAACAAUGAAGAUGAAGACUCUGGAAUUGGAAGUUCACUGCUACAAAAUAAGAAAAAGCCCCCAAGGCCUGACAAUAAGCUACAUUUCUCUACUGGAUCAUCCAAGUGCUCGAUUUCCUCAGAGUUGAAUGCUGAGCCAGGUGCUCCAAUCUUUGAGUUUGAAUCCUCAAAAGAAAUCCAAGUUCAAAACGAUAAUAGGGCAACUGCGACUCUGGAAACUGAAACUGAGUUCUCAAAAGAUGCUCGGGCAAUACGAGAGAGAGUUCUUAAGCAAGCGGGGGAGGCUUUAAAGGGGAAAAGCAAGAAUCCAGGGGAUGAAAAGCUGUAUAAAGGAAUUCAUGGGUAUACUGAUUAUAAAGCUGGCUUCAGAAGAGAGCAAACAGUAUCUGCAGAGAAAGCUGGCGGUGCACAUGGACCUCUUAGGGCUUCUGCUCAUAUACGGGUCUCAGCUAGGUUUGACUACCAGCCAGAUAUUUGUAAGGAUUAUAAAGAGACUGGUUACUGUGGGUAUGGAGAUGCUUGUAAGUUUAUGCAUGACAGGGGGGAUUAUAAGUCAGGGUGGCAGUUAGAAAAGGAGUGGGAGGAAGCUGAAAAAGCAAGAAAGAGAAAUUUGGCUUUGGGAGGUGAUGACAUGGAGGAGGUGGGUGCAGGUCAAAGUGAUGAAGAUGACGAUGAUUCAUCGCCCUUUGCAUGUUUCAUAUGUAGGCAGCCUUUUGUAGAUCCUGUUGUAACCAGAUGCAAACACUACUUUUGUGAGCAUUGUGCAUUAAAGCAUCACGCCAAGAACAAAAAAUGCUUCGUGUGCAACCAGCCCACUAUGGGCAUAUUCAACACCGCUCAUGAGAUAAAGAAAAGGAUGGCUGCUGCUGCUGCUGAGGGAAAGUAAUGCAUUUGGCUGACCGACCAUAAAAUAAGAGCAUUUGGUUGGUAAUGCAAUUGCAUCAUGUAGGAGACGGACCGAGAGCGAGCAUCUCUUAUUUGAUCCACACUUGUUGCAAAGGCGUUGUACUUCUCUCUCUCGUCAAUGAUUUGGGUGUGGAAGCAGUCUUUGCAAUGUUAAAGACAUAUUUCAUUGAGCAUCCUUGCUUUUGCUUUUGCCUCUUGGAAGUUUGCACAUCAUUUUCUUACUUACCAAUGGAGAGUAGUUACUAGACUCACUUGAGAAAUUCUUUAUUAUUUAUGCAUGGAUAUGAACCAUCUGAUGAGGAGAAGAUGCCAAUGGACUGAAGGGGUCUCCUGGUUUUAGAGCAGCAGCUUAUUCAAGAUUUACAAGCCACCAUCAUCAUGUUUCAAGGCAUGUCUCAUCAAGUGUUCAGUCUCACCCCCUGGUUGGCAUGAGUAGUUUUUUUUGUAAAAUUUACAUAGAGCUCUUUGACCCUUUGCGACUAUAUUAAUAAUCUCGAAUACCUGCCAGACAUUACUAGUUUUUUGUUGCUUAGAGUUGCGUUGUGAACUGG